CAUAUCACAAGAAGCCGCAUCUAGGUGUACAUUGUUAGGCGGUUAUUGUUCUACAAUUUUAUCCACUGGUUUUUGGCAAUAGCGUGUGACUUGUUGAGUGCUGCGUUCAGAACAGCUUCACUCCACCAGCAAAGAGCACAAUGAUUCCUUUUUAUCCAUCGCUGCAACCGUCUCCGGCGUAUAAUUUUUGGUUUUCCGUCGACGAAUCUUACGACGAUGAUGCGGAAGUAAAUACGAUGGAAACGGAACACACGGAAUGGCUGAAUCGGAUUACCUUCAUCGGACAAGAGUUGACACCGAUUGGCAAAAGCUCCAACGAGCAGCAGAUGGAAAACAUGGACACGGAAGACGAAGACGCGAACGAUGAAAGCGACGAUUCGGACAACUCGGAUGACGACGAUGAUGACAUGGAUGAGUUGAACAACACGCGGGGAAAUCUGCCAGAUGAAAUAACCGUCGUGACGGGGGGCUACAUGGGCGAUGAGCUUCAAACCAACGACACUUUGUAGAGGAGAUCGUCCGUUAGGCCAGUUGGCGCUAUUUGCAUUCAUUCCCAGGUUCAAUCAUUAUGUUAAGCUUGCGUUAGGUUAAGGCUGAACUUUGUAAUAUAGCUCUCGUUAGUACUUAAUCCAUUUCAUCAGCCCAGUGGAGAUAGAAAUUAGGUUAAAAUUUCAUUUAAAAAUGCCGAUUUCAUACGAUGAUCUCUCUUCAGACGUCGAAUGUUGCAGAUUUUUGUAAAUAUUCUAGUUGGUGUGAUAGAUGAAAUUAGGUGUGAUAGAUGAAAUAGUACAGCAUUUUUCAUCUCUCUUGAACUCCCCGUAUACGAAAUCCGGAAAUUUUAUGCCGAAAAUCGAAAAAGUAACAGGAGCGAAGAACACGCGUAGAGGUAACAUUUGAAUAAUUUUUCAAACCAACUUCAGUAUGUUUAUCAUUCAUGAUCGGACACUUCGAUUAAACGGAAAUUUUAUCCCAACAAUCGAAAAAGUAACAGGAGCAAAGAACACGCCUGGAGGAAACCAUAAAGCUUGACAAACUGGACAUUUUUGGCGAGUUUUCUGUCUCGAUUGACACGGAAAAAAGCAUCCUCCUGCGUUGGAUGCGCUCCUGGUAUCAGGAGCCUAAAAAACUGGUCAGUUUGGCGAGUUUUCUGUCUCGAUUGACACGGAAAAAGCAUCCUCCUGCGUUGGAUGCUCUCCUGGUAUCAGAGCUUGAAAAACUGGUAAUGUUUGGUAAUAAUAAUUUAUAAUAAUUUUCAAAUAAACU